AUGGGCUCCAAAAGGGAGAUCGUUGCGGAACUAUCCUCGUCGAAACCCGACUUGGACAGCAGGUCCGAUACCACGGAUGAUGACCUCUCUCCCUCCGUUACUACUCCUCCGUCGAUUCCUUCCCUGCGUUCAACCCGCGAUGCCUCGUCCGGUAUCACCGCGUCCUCGACACAUCUGGGUCAGUUGAGUGCAGCUCGACGGGGCGACCGGACCCCCCAGCGCCCCCCAGCUUCAAUGAGCAGUGCGGCACAAGGAGGGCUGAACCAGGAUAUUCUGGCAAAGAUGAAGGCCUUCUCGCUCUCUAGACAAGGGGCCCCCCCUCCUACUCUGCCGCAUGCUUCCUCCACCGGAGCAAUUCCCCAAUCCCCCGAUGCUGCCAGGUCGCCCCCUGUCUCGAACCCAUCCUUUGCAGGUGCGAACGGCUCUUUAGCAGGAGCAAUGGCAGGACGCCUCCCACCCGUUGCUCGACCCGGUGCUAAAAACUGGGCGUCCUCUUCUUCGGUCCCGGGGGCCUCUCUCGGCUCAAACUCGCCAAGGCCAGGCGGACUGGCCGCCAAACGCAUGAAACCGGGGCUGAAGUUAUCCGAUGCCACAGGGCCCAGUGACGCGUCUGCUGGCCGACCGUCUGCGAAUGGUACGGGGGCCCCGACUGAGUCCGCGUUUAGUAAAUAUUCAGAAUAUAUCGAUACCAAGGCGGGAACCCUACGCUUCAAGAACAAGGCUAUCCUUCACGGAGGUGGGAUAGAAUUCUCGUCGGGACAUAGUUUCAAGAUCUCGUUAGACGAGGUGGAUCGCUUGGAUGAAUUGGGGAAGGGUAACUACGGGACCGUAUACAAGGUUCGUCACAGCCGGCCACAUAUGCGCAAACCAGGCAUGGGAUUGAGAGGGAUCGUCAGUCGUCCGCUGGGGCCGGAAGAUACUUCGGAUUCACAGAUUCCUAAGGACAAUCUUUCGGGUGUCAUAAUGGCGAUGAAGGAGAUCCGCCUUGAGCUGGACGAAGGCAAGUUCGCGCAGAUCAUCAUGGAGCUGGAAAUCCUUCACCGGUGUGUUUCGCCAUUCAUCAUUGAUUUUUAUGGCGCCUUUUUCCAGGAGGGCGCGGUUUACAUAUGUGUCGAGUACAUGGAUGGCGGCUCGAUUGACAAACUUUAUAAGAGCGGAGUCCCUGAGAGUAUCCUCCGAAAAGUAACGUUGUCCACCGUCAUGGGCCUAAAGUCUCUCAAGGACGAUCACAACAUCAUUCACCGCGACGUCAAGCCCACAAAUAUCCUUGUCAACACCCGCGGCCAGAUCAAAAUUUGCGAUUUUGGCGUCAGCGGAAACCUCGUUGCUAGUAUUGCGAAGACAAAUAUUGGUUGUCAGAGUUACAUGGCCCCUGAGCGGAUUGCGGGGGGUGGUGUGCAGCAGUCUGGAUCGAGUGGUGGAACGUAUAGCGUUCAGAGCGAUGUCUGGAGUUUGGGGUUAACCAUCAUCGAGUGUGCUAUGGGUCGCUAUCCAUAUCCGCCAGAGACCUUCAACAACAUAUUCAGCCAAUUGCAUGCUAUUGUUCAUGGUGACCCCCCGACUCUACCUGAAUCCGGCUAUUCCGAUGAGGCGCAUGCUUUUGUUCGCGCAUGUUUGGAUAAAACCCCUAGCAAUCGCCCCUCGUACGGUGUGCUACUGCGACAUCCCUGGCUUGCCCCCCUCAUGCAGCCACCCACGUCAGAUGCGCCGUCUGUAUCAGAGGAGACAACGGAAGACUCCUCGUUUUCCACUACUGAAGACAAGGAGGUUGCAGAUUGGGUCAAGGAGCAACUUACACGCCGCAAUGGCGACGUACCCCAAGACGGUGAUAAACCUGCUUUACAUGCGGUUGCAUUGGACGCCGUUCCUGGCAGCCCUCUCCUUGAUGAUCCCUCGACGAUGUCUCUGCCAUCUUAA